AUGCCGCCAAAAACAGUUUCACAAAGACCAACAUCCUCCGCUAUUACUUAUGCGGUUUUGGCAGCAGCAGCUGUUGGUUUUCUAGCGGUAUUUGUAUUUAGAAGAAUAUAUCCACAACCGCGACGUGGAAGAGACCAAGACGAUGAGGCUCCAACACGUCCUGAGACACGUCGAGUGACACGUACAGAAAGAGAUCAAAGGAACCUUGCUUCUAGGUUAUUUAGAAAUGCAUUGUUACCACCAAAAAAGAAAACUAUCUCUAUUUCAAUGAAGAAUACUUUGUUAUGGAAUCCAUCGUCUGAUCCUGAUUCACCAAAUCAUGCAUUUAUUGAAAAUAUAGUUCCUUUCCUACAUCAAUUAUCUAAAAUAUAUGUUAUUCAUCUCAUUUGUCCGGUAUCAAGUGAACAAGAGAAACAACAAAUUCUUGGUCUUCUUCGUAAUUCAAAAUUAUUUAGUUCAAAAGUUAUUGACGAAAGAAGAGUUUUGUUUUGUGAAAGUGAUGAAGGAAAGAUUCAUAUUAUUCGUCAUCUUGAAGCAAAUGUACAUGUUGAAGGUGGAAUAAAUGGCGAAGAAGUUGUUGAAAUGAUCAGAGGAUUUGUUGGUAGUGUACUUUGGGCAAUAAGAGGUGGUAAUAGUGAACCGAUAAAUUGGGCAGAAACUGGUGAAGUUAAGGCAAACGUUGAUAGAAGUCAAUGGUCAAACGUUGAAAUUUGUUCAAGUUUGUGGACAAGCAGUUUGAACUUUGAAGUUAGAGGGGGAAGUUAG